ACGGUGUACGAGAAGUGUCUGAGCACACUGGCGGUAGUGCAGGAUGGGAGCAUGUUGUCUCACCGGGCGCUGCCGGGCACUGAUGUACACAUGCAAUAUACACUACAUAUUAUUAUGUUUUACAUUCAAUUUAGCACAAAUAACUUAUUUAAGGUAGACUCAGCGAUAUGGCGUCGAUGCAGAAGGUAAACGGCAUAGUGGGGCAAUUUCCGCAGCAACUAAGAGCGUUGACGCGUGACGCUCAAUUUCUCCGCUGUUUUGGUGCUCUAGCUACCACACUGUGAACAGCGCGUAGCGAACCCGUUUCACGUACAGAUCCUGUGUGAGGGCGAAGUCUUGCAUCUUAUUCAUCUCAAUGUCUGCCCUGCUGCUCGUGGCAAAAUAAUUUCUCACUCACUGCCUGCUCUGUGGACAUAAUACUGUACAUUCAAGCCUGUUCUGAUUUUUUGUUCUCAUCCUUCGUUCGCACAGGGCCGCCCUGUAGAGGGGCCGCCCUGUAGAGGGGCCGCCCUGUAGAGGGGCCGCCCUGUAGAGGGGCCGCCCUGUAGAGGGGCCGCCCUGUAGAGGGGCCGCCCUGUAGAGGGGCUGACACAGAGAGCGAGAAUUGUGGUUCAAGUUUCUCCUUGUCAGUAUGUUAUGUGCUGCUGCUGUAUUGAACUGUUUGUGGUUCAUUCUGCAUGUUUGCACUGUUACCGUGAGAGUGGAAGAGAAGAGUUGAUGAGUCGUCAUUUUGGUGGAAGAGAAAGGUGCCGUUGUCUCUAAUAUCAUGUUGUAGGGAUUGUUUCGAUGGUCUAGACAUGGAGGGAGUGAUUGAGAUCUAUGUCAUUCUUCUACUGGGGUCAGCUAAUAGAUGACGUGUGUGUGUUGUGUUUAUAUAUCUUUCAACUCCUUUCAGAAGCCUUUGGUAUGGAUUUGAUGAGCUUGUAAUCUCUUGUGAUAGACUAAAUUGAGUUAGCUGGCUAGCUGGGCUCCCGAGUGGCUCAGCGGUCUAAGGCACUGCAUAUCAGUGCUUGAGGAGUCACUACAGACACCUUGGUUCGAAUCCAGGCUGUAUCACAACCGGCCGUGGUUGGGAGUCCCAUAGGGCGGCGCACAAUUGGCCCAGCGUUGUCCAGUGUAGGCCGUGAUUGUAAAAUAAGAAUUUGUUCUUAACUGACUUGCCUAGUUAAAUAAAGGUAAGACCAAAAAAGAAGAAAGCUAGUUACAUUAUUGUGGUUAUAUCAUGAUGUCAUUGCCAGAUGUCUAUGGGUGCAGCAGAGCCAUAGUACCAGAGCCUCAGCAGGCGAAAGUUGUGGAAUGGUGCAGAUGGAUGUCAUAAAUAGAACUGACAUGAUUCCUUCUACAUGACAGUUAUAUCUGCAACUUUCUGUAACAUCUUUCACCUUCCUGAGAAGACCCCUAAACAGGUUUGUGCUGUGUCAUGUUUCUGACCACUGACAGGAGAAAAGGACCCGGGAGGAAGGGAGGGAGAAGGAGAGAGGGAGUGGGAGAGGCAGAAAGAGGGAGGAUAAUGGAUAUCCAGUGUCCACGCUGCUGAUCCAUGAUAUGAAUACUGCAGCGAUGGCUUAGCCUCCUGGCCCUCUGGCAGCUGCCCCUCAAUUUGUCUAAUGAAACUAUUAUCUAGUUAGACUGGCUGGCCAUCGGUCAGUCUGGGUAGGGCUGCAAACUGGGCUGAUCCUGGAACUAUCCUGUCAGGGCUUUAGCCUGUUGAACAAUGAUAAGGAUGGGACGCACUCCAGGAACAAUUUAAGCCUUUUCCCCCCCAUCUAAAUAAUAAGAUUUAGACAAACAGAAGCCAGUACUCGGCAUUCAUUAGCCUACUGGAACAAUUUGUCUGUCUACCACAGCUUACUGUUAUUACAACAAUGGCUGGUUGUCUAAGGGUGGAAUAACUGGAUAUACACUUGAUGUUAUCCAGUGAUGCCUCGCUUAUUCAAGUCACCUGGAAUUUUGUUUAACAUACUGUAACUAUUUGGGUUCACAGAUCACCUGCUGCAACUCAGAAAACAGGCUAGCUGUUUCAGGUUCAACACAUCCAUCUUCCUCCAGCAGUGUCAUUUCCUCAGGCAUGCAGGCCACUCAGAAAAGGCUGUGCACCUGUUCCAGUGCCUGCUGGACUUGACCUUCUUCAAGCCAGACACUGUCAAGGACCUAUCCACCAGACAACAGAUGAUGAUAAAGAUCAGGAGGAAUCAGAGGUGAAGGAUAAGACCUGGCCCAAGUGGAGGAUCUGUUUGGACGCGGAGACAUUACAUGAGGCCAUCUAUUGGCUGCCGUGGAGGGCAGACAAAACCAAAGGCCAAUCGGCGGAGGACUGUGAGGACCCGGACUUACAGCCUACAGUUCCUGAAGCCUGCUGCUGGAUGACCUGGCUCUGCUGGGAGACGUUCAUGAUCCUGACUCACCUCUGACGACCUUCCCGUCAGCCCCGUGGGUCACAUGACUUCGCUGCAGGGCACCAGGAGGGGGGCUUGGCUGUGCAAGCAGGGGGAGGAGUUUCUGUUCUCUACUCAGGAGAGAUCCGUCUUCUCACUGCACUGGAUCCAGUAUGAGACGCUCAAGGUCUGGUUGCUAUGGCGACACCUUCUCCAACCUUCCAGAGAACGGCCUAAGCAAACGUAUUCGCUCACUGUUUGAGAACGCCAUAGCAACAGAGCACGGGGUCCCACUGUCCGUUGCUGUGGAGGAUGUACAUGAACUUCCUGGUGUCAGAAGGGAAAGUGGAGAAGGGAAGAGUGCUCUCCAGGAUGUCCCAUGGGCCAAGGGUUUAUACAUGGACACGGUGCAGCUCUUUCCUGAGCACAUGCAGGAGUUCCUGGACCUGAUGACAGAGAAGGAGCUCAGACAGAGUUCCCAUGGAGGAGGUGGACAUACUGCUGGAGGACUGAGGCUCUAAAACUCAGUGCAACAGGAGCCUGAAAAAAAAAAAAAAGCAUUUUACUUUUCAAACAGUGUGAAUAAAUGAUUUUACACAUAUGCUGUAUUAUGUGUUAAUUCAAAAAUGUCCAUAUUUUGAUGGAUUUAAUAUCUAUUUUUAUAUCAAGGACUUGAGUUUAAACUGAUAAAAAAAAAUAGAUUACUCUGAUAAUUUAAAAUGAAUGUUUUGUUUCCCAACACUGGUCUGCCAACCUUUAUUUAAAAAUAAGCUCUAAGCCUUUCACGCAUUGUGAAUCCUGAGGGAUGCUAGUGUGCAUUUCCUGCGGGAUAACGACAUCACAGCUAAAUGGUGUGGAACGGAGCACACCGGAGUGUACACUUUGGAGUCAGGAGGGAAGGAGAGAGGAAACAGACAUGAGGGUAGAGAAGCUUUAUAUAGUCUCAUUACUGCUUAUCCUUCAGAGUAGUAGAGCAUCCACUCUGGCUGUCUCAGGUGAGUCUGACACUUCUGAUGACCUUUAACCUAUUAUAAUGUGCCUCUGUGAGUUUACUGGAUUGGCCUAUGCCUUUACAUGCUACUAACUAAAUGCUACCUUUCUACUUAAUACCAACUACUCAGGCUGUGCUAUGGUGAUGUAGAAUUCCAUUAGUGAAAUAUAUGGUAACGUGGAUAUCAUGUAGUCUUCAUAGCUUCUCACUUCAUAGCUGUAUUUAUGUUUUUUCUUGAAAUCAGAUCAACAGAACUUUUACCUUAUAUAUUUGAAAAUUACUUCCAUUCAUGAUGAUCUAUAUUCUGAUCACAGAUAAAGAAUGUAAUGAUGAUGCAUUUCCUGUCCGGGAAGACUGUGAAGUUGACACAGUGUGUGGAGAAGCUAUAUGUCAUCACAACCAGUAUGUCACCUGCCAUGUCAACCGCUGUGGCACCUGUGAACCUGUGUUCCGAGGCUAUGACAACAUCACUGUCAACUGCACCCAGUUGACUCCCAAGUGUCGUCUAAUACACCUGGAGAUAUUGAGCAAGCACAGGACAGGAACCAUGUUAACUGGGAGGAGUUUAGGGACAAAGUACCAUCCAAACUGUGAUGGAGCUGGUAUGUUCAGACCUAAACAGUGCAGAGAGGAGGACACCAAACUAUGCUGGUGUGUUAACAAGGCUGGAGUCCCAGUCUCUGACAAGACACAUGACCCCCUCAAAUGUGACAGGCUGGUCACAGUCCAUGUCAUUGAUAUUCAAUUCACAUUUAAAGUGGAGUUCACACCUGUUGCAAAAACCAUGGAUGAGAUACGAAGGCAGUUGGUAUUAAAGCUGGACAGGGAUUAUACGCUGGAUAAAACACAGAUCCUAGACAUAACUGUGCGGGAACUGUACCAAGUAGUGUCCAUCCGGCUGACUGACGACAGGACAGACAAAGAGCCAGUGGACAUAGCAACUGUGGCCUACUACAUUGAGAGAGAUGUGAGACAUUUUUUGAAAAGCAACAGGUUUGGGUUUGAGGUGGACGGCCGGAGACUAGAGGUGGCGAGGGACUCCGUCAAGGUCCUAUUCUUUCACUAUGACCACCAACACAUGGACAUGAUGACCAUCAAUCCAGGCUUUGCUGCCCUCAUCCUCAUCAUUGCCCUGGCCAUUAUCAUUGGUGUUUCUGUGUCUGUGAGUAAGAGCAAAACUAAUUGUACACUAGAUUCAUUACAAUACCACUGCCAUCCUCACAACUUCUCUCUCUUUGUCCAUCACUAUUGUCAGGUGGUGGUACAAAGGAAAGCUCUGCUGGAGAGGAGAUUCCAGUUUGAAGUCAUUGAGGUUCAAGGGCAGAACAACCACCUGGAACAGCAAGAAGCUACCAUGACCUACUUUGUCAUGUGACAUACUAUCUUUGUUGGUUAUAGUAGAUUUGUUUAUUUUUUAGUUGUCACUCAGUUCAUUUAUAUGCAAAGUUGUUGUCCAAUUAUCUCUUUCCCUGACUGAAACAGUAGUCAGCUGCACAUUAUGGAAAUAUUGUAAUUGGUUGAUUUCUUAACAUGGAUUCUAACCUGUUGCUUUAAUGAAAUAGUAAACAAGAAUGGACCAUGGUUGAAAAAUAAAAUUCAAUAUGUACUUUAUUUGAAAUAAAAAUCAGAAUUGUUUCAAAUUGUUUAUUUACCAUUAUUGUACUUCAAGAGGUGAUACUUAGGUUAUGGUAACAGACCAUAAUACAAGAUUGUUCAUUUGUUCAGAAAGCCAACUUACUUUAACAGCUGCAGAAUUGAAUACCAAACAGCUGGCUAAAUCUAGUCCAAACUAUACAAUGAACAUGUAUGAAAGGUUUUACUAG